AUGUGCCUUGCCCACCCUGCCCAAGACCCACCACUUCUGCCCCCUCAGCUCUCCUUGGAUCCACUGGGUCCCGAAUGGGACUGCCCCCUGGGCUCCAAGGACCUGGACGAAGAGGAGGGCCCAUGGGGAGGGGGCUCCGGCCUGCCGCCCACAGGCUGCUUCCCUGGCUCCUGGCGCCGGGAUGUGGGCCUGGACUGCAAGGCCUCCCCUGAGGGGGCCGAGGCCCGGGCCUGGACCGUCUACUACUACAGCCUCCUGCAGAGCUGUCUGCAGCAAGCUGGCCUUCCGGAGACCCAGGACCGCAGCCAGGUGCCCCGAACAGGUUGCCCUGGGGCAGAGGUGACCUUGUGCAUUCUGGGAUCCCCCAGCACCUUUCUGUCCGUGUUGCUGGAGGGGGGGGUCCAGAGUCCGGGAAACAUGCUCCUUUGCCUGUCCCCUGCGUGGCUGACGAAGGUGCCAGCACCCGGGCAGCCGAGUGAGGCGGCCCUGAUGGUCUCCAAGGCCGUGAGCUUCUACCCAGGCGGCCUGACAUUCCUGGAUGAAUUCUCCCCCCCGCGCCGUGCCACCUACUUCCUGGCGGGCCUGGGGCUGGGGCCUGGCUGGGGCCGAGAGGCAGCAGAGCUUGCCCGUGACCUGACCUGCCCCACAGGAGCUUCGGCUGAGCUGGCCCGGCUGCUGGAGGACCGGCUGCUGACGAGGCGCUUGCUGGCCCAGCAUGGCAGUGUGGCCGUGCCAGCUACCCUGGCUUUUACCUACAAGCCGCCGGGGUUUCUGCAGGGAGGGGAUGCCAGCCCAGGACUGCGGCUGGUGGAGCUGAGUGGCAAAGAGGGCCAGGAAACCCUGGUGAAAGAGGAAAUAGGGGCCUUUCUGUGCUCUGAGGCCCUGGGUGAUGUCGUGCAGGUGGCAGUGAAGCUCAGUGGCUGGCGCUGGCGGGGGCGGCAGGCAUUGCGUCUGCACCCACGGGCAGAGCUGGGCGCAGUGGUGGACACAGUGCUGGCAUUGCUGGAGAAGCUGGAGGAGGAGGAGAGUGUCCUGGUGGAGGCUAUGUGCCCACCUGCCCAGCUGCCCUUCUCAGGUGGUCCUUCACCUGGCCCUGAGCUGGCUGUGCGUAUCUGUGCUGUGGUGUGUCGGAUACAGGGUGACAGGCCCCUGAUGAGCAAGGUGGUUUGCGGCGUGGGCCGCAGGGACCGACCUCUGCGACACCAGAGCUCCCUGCCGAGGACGCUGGAGAUGGCGCUGGCUCAGUGCGGCCUGGGCGAGGCGGCACAGGUGGCGCUCGUGCGGCAGACCAUGCUCCGGCGCUCCGCGCGCUGCCUGAUGGAGGGCAGGCAGCUGCUGCUGGUGGGCGCGGGCAGCGUCAGCAAGAAGUUCGUGUGGCAGGCGGCGCGCGACUACGGGCUCAAGCUGCACCUGGUGGAGUCAGACCCCAACCACUUUGCAUCCCAGCUGGUGCAAACCUUCAUUCACUUUGACACGACGGAGCACCGGAGGGAUGAAGAGAACGCACGGCUGCUGGCAGAGCUGGUGCGAGCACGUGGUCUGCAGCUAGAUGGCUGUUUCUCCUACUGGGACGACUGCCUGGUGCUCACAGCCAUGCUCUGCCAGGAGUUGGGUCUGCCCUGCAGUCCCCCGGCUGCCAUGCGCCUGGCCAAGCAGAAGAGCCGCACCCAACUGCACCUGCUGGGCUGCCAUGGCCCGCCCUGGCCUGCGCCCUCCCUCCAUGCUGUGCCCUGCUGCCCACUGGAGAGUGAAGCUGACGUGGAGAGGGCUGUCCAUCAGGUACCCCUGCCAGGCGUCAUGAAGCUGGAGUUUGGGGCAGGUGCAGUGGGUGUGCGGCUGGUGGAAGAUGCGCCACAGUGCCACGAACACUUUUCCCGGAUUGCCCGUGACUUGCAGGGGGAGGCUGACUACCCAGGCAUUGGGCUGGGCUGGGGCAAUGCCAUGCUGCUGAUGGAAUUUGUAGAAGGCACUGAGCACGAUGUAGACCUGGUGGUGUUCGGUGGGCGGCUGCUGGCUGCCUUUGUCUCUGACAAUGGCCCCACAAGACUGCCUGGCUUCACUGAGACAGCGGCCUGCAUGCCCACUGGGCUGGCACCAGAGCAGGAGGCGCAGAUGGUGCAGGCAGCCUUCCGCUGCUGCCUGGGCUGCGGGCUGCUUGAUGGGGUCUUCAAUGUGGAGCUCAAGCUAACCGGGGCUGGGCCUCGGCUCAUUGAGAUCAACCCCCGCAUGGGUGGCUUCUAUCUACGUGACUGGAUCCUGGAGCUGUAUGGUGUGGACCUGCUACUGGCUGCUGCUAUGGUGGCCUGCGGUCUGCGUCCCGCCCUGCCCACCCACCCACGUGCCCGUGGCCACCUGAUGGGCGUCAUGUGCCUGGUAUCCCAGCACCAGCAGAUGCUGAGUUCUACCACUAACCGGGAGACCCUGCAGGCUCUGCAGGACCAGGGCCUGCUGCGCCUCAAUCUGCUGGAGGAGACCCUGGUGCCUGGCGAAUACGAGGAGCCCUACUGUAGUGUGGCCUGUGCGGGGUCCAGCCCCGCUGAGGCCCGCCUCCGCCUGCUGGGACUCUGCCAGGGUCUGGGCAUUGACGGGCCCAACUACCCUGUUGCCUACUUCCUGUCUCACUUCAAAUAGCACUGGGGCUGGGGGCAGGGACGAAGUGCUGGGGAGAGGAGCUGUAGUGCCCUCUGCUCCCUGGUGCUCCCUGCCCCUCUCUCUAUGGCCCCACCCCAGCCCCGGCCUGGCCCACUCCAAUGCUCAGGUCUAUUUCAGAGUGGUAGGGCCAUUUUGACACCAAAGGCUUCCUGGGCUCAAGCGCCACAAAAGCAAUUAUCUGGGGGCUGCCGGGCCCUCUUGCUCUCCCAAAGGCCCCAGCCCACCCCACGGCUGCCCCAGGACUCUAGUCUUGGAGAAGUGACAACAGCUGCACACACAUACUGCUGCCCCCAUCCCCCCCACCCCAGCUGGAAGUGAAUUCAAACCCAGCCCCUCUCCCCACCCCUCCAGGUCUGUCUCUCUUUCUGCCACCUAUAGGAGAAGAGAACUGGGGAAGGGGGGUUCUUGUCUUGGAUGAAUCCCAGGAAAACCUGAGACUACAGCCUUUGUCUUCCUCUUACCCAAAUCCCAGGAUAGUUCUAGAGCCUGCUGAAAACCUUGGCAGUGCCCUGCCGCUUCUCCGGCAGUACAAGGAAGUGAUCUGUGGUCAGCAGUGUCAUCUCUCACACCUCCAGGCAGACACUAUUGCCCCCAUUCUACAGGUGAGGGAAUAGGUUCAGAGAGGAAAAAUUACUGCCCCAAGGUCAUACCACAGUGGAUGGAGGGUUGUGGGACAUGAUGCAAGGUCCAGGUUUUCACUUUUAUUAAGUCUUACAUGUGCACUCAGCUUCUAAGCCCCCCUCACCUCCCUGCCCUCAUCCAUAAGUGGCCCUGAACAUCUCCCUCCUGUGCACCAUGCACGUUUUCCACCAAACUUCAGUGCUUUGGCCCCUGUCACACCUAACUAGCAUUGGCCGAUGAGAGUCUACACUACCUAAUUCAAGGAAGGCUGCUUUAGGAACUCCUGCCUCUGCACAGUACAGGGGCUGUGGACAGCAACCAAGCAUCCCUCCCCAAAUAAAGGCUUACAGACUAG